AUGUCAUUCAGCCCUCAGACGCCUCAGAGUCCUUCUCAAUUCUCCCCAAGCACAGCAGACUUGGGGUCGAGCAUGAAUACGUCCAUGCCAUCAAUCGCUACCUCGUUGCCUACUCCGGCUCAUAGCGUGAACGGAUCGGGUCAACCAGCGGACCACUCCCACGACACCAUGAUGACAGAUGAACCCUCCCACAAGCGCAAAUACCCAUUCGACGAUAUGGGGGGUCAUGAGCAGAAGAAAGUCCACCUCGAGGAUCCGCGCAGAAUUGGUAUUGAAAACCUACACUUGGAUGUUGGCGAGAAAUACCUGCUUUGCAGAACUCCUCAUCUAGCCCAUUCCGUCUCUUCAUCGCGCAUGUCGGAAGAUUUGUUCGAGAAGUUCGGCUUGACAGGCAUUGCUGCCGAAGUCGCUAGAACGAAGCCGAAUGGGGACAAGAAUGCUCUUAGGAAGACUUACAAGGGUCAAAUCAAGACCCUAGGACUGAGCGGACAUUUUGACGUGGUCAAGAAGGAGCCAUCAACGCUCAUGGAGCUGCUGUCCGUCGCCGAAGACGAUUGGAACAACCGAGCUGUCCUGGGCAAGGAGAUCGAGAGAGGCUUUUCGCAGGCUACGCUUGCAACCCUCCCGAAAGCGACAACAAUGUCAAGAGGUCCGAUACCGAAGAAUGUUUGGGACAGUUCGGUCUUGGGUGACCUCGCGCCCGGGAAUAUGGUGAAGAAGGCGAACCAGGAUCAAUCCGCGAGACCAACAGCACCUAGCACUCCAACUGUGUCAGCUACGGGGCCUAUAGGCAAGGCGAGCAAGCCGCUUGCUCCUCCGGUCGACCGUGCCCGUCGGCUCAACAAGAAGAGGAGUUAUCAGGACAGUAGCUUUGUGGGCUAUGAGGGAUACGAUGAUGACACCGGUGGGUACUCGACUGGAGAUGGUGAAGGGGGGUCCAAGUUGAAGAGGAGAAAACAGAAUCCUGGCAAUGGACUGGCGUACGCAGGCGGGAGCCAAAAUUUCGGUGCGAGGACGUAA